AUGCCUCAGGAAGAGAUAGAUUUAGGUGUUUUACCAGAUGAUGUUCUUAUAAAAUUAAAACAAUUAGAGUUAGAAUUGGCAGAGGGUGAUAUUACACAGAAAGGUUUUGAUAAGAAAAAAUUACUUUUAAUUGGUCCAUAUAUUCAAGCGCAAUUAAAUCAAGAUCAUAAAAUUUCAAGUACUCCACAGACAAGAGCAAAAAGAAGAAAUCAGAGAAGGUUAACGAGAGAGGAAUCAAGAUAUAAAUCAGAAAUAAGACACGAGUCAGUUCAAGCUGCAUUAAGGCAAUGGAACAAUUGUGAUAGUGAAAGAACUAAUAAUAAAAAUACUGAAAUUUCAAUCUCACCCAUUAAUUUAAUUAAUAAAAAGAAGGAAGAUCAACAAAUAUAUGAAAAUAGUUGUAUAGUUGUAAAUCAAGAAUCAGAAGAAAAUAAUUUAUUUGAUAUUGAAAAACCUACCACAAAAAAGUGUAAAGAUAAGAUAAAAGAAAGUAACAAAAAUACUGAUACAUUUACCUUAGAUAAAAUAAUUACUAUUAGUAAUAUAAACAAAGAGGAAAACAGCAUCACAGAUGAAAUUGAGCUAGAAAUAGACAAUAAUUCAUUAAAAACUUCCACACCAACAGUUCUUCAACAAUUAAUAGCUAAUUCAAUUGCAGAUGAAAUGGAACCUGGUAGUAAUAAUUUAGUUAAUUUUUUGAAAUCUCCUGGUACUUUUUCUUCCAACACAACAAAUACAACAUCAUCUAAUGAUUCAUGUACUAUUAACAGUAGAUCACAAUCAAAGAUUAAUGUUUAUCAAAAUUUUAAUAUUAAAGAAAGUAAUGUUGAUGGAGAGUCUCUCUCUUCAAUAAAUAUUUCUGAACCAAAUAAUUCCAGUUGCCAGGAGGUUAAUAAUUCUUAUCAUACUAAUGAUAGUAGAAAUUCUACUAAAUCUCUUGAAUUGGAAAAUAAUUCACUACCUAUGAAACCACUAAAAGUUUCUGUUAAAAUACAAGCACUUUUAGAAUCACUACAGGUUGAUUAUAUAAUGUUUAUUCUUGCUACUUCUACAAUUAUUCCUACCCAUAAAAUGAAUAAUGAUAAUAAAAAGUAUGAAAAAAAUAAUAAUACAAGUAUGAUGUGUCAAUCUUUAAAUCAAAAUGUUUGGAGUUCCUCAUCAAAUUCUUUUAAUGAUAUCAAAGAUAAUGAUACAAAAAAAAUUAAUGAAUUAUUAUCAAUAAGAGGAAGAUAUGAAAUAAAAAAUAAAUCAUCAUCAAGAUCUAAAUCUAAUACAAUAAUUGAAACAUCAGUAUCAAAUUCCCUUAAACAAAGGCGUUUUAUUUAUCAAACGGCACAUAAUCCUCCACCAUCAUUAUAUAAUAAUAAUAAUAAUAGUUAUAAUCUUAAGACAAAAUAUUCUUCACAAACGACAAUUAAUGGUAAAAUUCAAUCAUCAUUUACUAGAAAUUUACCAUUAUCUUAUGAUAUAUCUCAAGUUAUUACUAUAUUUGAUCCAAAAAAAAUUGAAGAACAACGUAAAAAAAAAUAUAAAAGUUUUAAUGAUUCUUCUAUAAUAAUGUAUCCUAAAAAUAAUCCAAAUGCUGGAUUUAUAUUUGUUCAUAAUGAAUUAAAAAGUUUUACAAAAACUAAAAUGAUAACUGUAGGGGGAAGAAAUGUUAGAAGUAUAAGAAUAGCUGAUCUUCCAAAUAUUGAUAAAAUGCAUUCUAAUUUAAUAUUAAAAAAAUAUCAUUUUUUACAGAGACCUAGAAGUAAACCAUUACAUGAAUAUUAUAAUGAUGAUGAUGCUGAAUUAGAGGCUAUGGCUAAAAUUGUUGAUCCUAAUGCACCAAGACCUGAAGGUUCUUAUAUACAACCUAUUAGAGGAGAAUUUCCUAUAUCAUCACCAUCAACAAUACCAACACCACAAUCAUCUAAUAGUAAUUCAAAUUCAACAAAUAAUUUAAAUAGUAUUUUAAAUAAUUUUCCACGUUCUAUUGAAUCUGCUCUCCAUAGAUAUGGUACAACAUCACCUAAAAAUUUAUGUGGAAUAUUAUUAGAUAAUAAUGGAAAAAUGUUACAAUCAUUAAGUUAUAGUAAAUUAUAUUCAAGAGCAAAUAAAAUAGCAUAUACUUUAUUAACUAAAACUAUUACAAGUAAUUGUGUAAUUGGACAUUCACAAAAUCAAUCAUCAAUAAGUAAAGAAAAUUUACGACAAUGUAUUUGUAAACCUGGUGAUAGGGUUGCUUUAAUAUUUUCUAAUAAUGAACCAUUAUCAUUUAUUACUGCUUUUUAUGGUUGUAUUAUUGGUGGUUUAAUACCUGUUCCUAUUGAAGUUCCUAGUAGUAAAAAAGAUGCUGGUAUUCAACAAAUUGGUUUUUUACUUGGAAGUUGUGGUGUUAAAACAGCCCUAACAACAGAAAAUUGUUUUAAAAGUUUACCAAAGAAAUGUUCAACAACCUCUUCACAGGGUACCAAUCUUCAUCCAUCUGAUAUGAUUGAUUUAAAAAGUUGGCCAAAAUUGACAUGGGUUAUGAGUGAGUAUGUUUCAAAACCAGGAAAAGAAUGGAAUAUUUGUGGAAGAAAUAUUAAUGAUGAAAGUAUUGGAUAUAUUGAACAUUCAACUGAUCGUAAAGGAUAUGUUAAAGGUGUUGCUAUAACAAGAAAUAGUAUAAUAUCUCAUUCAAAAUCAAUUACUGCUGCAAUGAAUUAUAAGGAGGGUGAAACAAUUAUUUGUGUUCUUGAUUUUAAAAGAGAAGUUGGCCUUUGGACAAGUAUUUUAACAUCAUUAUUUAAUGGUAUGAGAGUAGCUUUUGUGCCUUAUAAUUUAAUGAAAAGUAAUCCUAGUUGUUGGAUGAUUGCUGCAACAAAAUUAAAUGCUAGUCAUGUUGUAUUAAAAAGUAGAGAUUUACAUUGGAGUUUAUUAGCAUCUAAAGAUCAAAAAGAUAUUAAUUUAAAUAACAUUAAAAGUAUUAUUAUUGCUGAUGGUGCUAAUCCUUGGUCUUUAUCCUCCUGUGAUCAAUUUUGUUCAAUAUUUCAAAAAAGAGGUCUUCGUCCAGAAGUAUUAUGCCCAUGUGCUGGAAGUAGUGAAAGUGGUUUAAUAGCUAUAAGAAGACCAUUUGUUAUGGAAUAUUCUAGUGAUACUGGAAGUAGUAGUGUAUCAUCAUCAACACCUAGUGGUAGAGGAGUCCUAUCAAUGGAAGCAUUAUCACAUUCAGUUGUACGUGUUGAUAAAGAAACAUCAUUAACAUCAUUAACAUUACAAGAUGCUGGUCAAAUAAUACCUGGUGGAAUAUUAGUUGUUGUUAAAGUUUCUGGAAUACCAAAAAUUUGUAAAGCAGAUGAAAUCGGUGAAAUAUGUAUCUCAUCACCAUCAACAGGAUCAUUUUAUUGGGGUUUAGAUGGUAUUUCUUCAGGAACAUUUAAAGUUGAACCACUUGGACCUGAUGAAAGACCAAUUGGUAAUUUAACUUAUGUAAGAAGUGGUUUAAUUGGUUUUCUUGGUCCAGAUGGUUUAGUAUUUGUUAUUGGUAAUAAAUCGACAAUGAUGAAUGUAUCUGGAAGAUCACAUAGUGCUGAUGAUAUUAUAGCAACUGUAUUAGCUGUAGAACCAAUGAAAUUUAUUUAUAGAGGUAGAAUAGCAGUAUUUUCAAUAAAUGUUUUAAGAGAUGAAAGAAUAUGUAUUGUUGCAGAACAAAAACCAGAUGUUCAAGAAGAGGAAGCAUUUAAUUGGAUAACAAAAGUUCUACAAGCUGUAGAUAAUAUUCAUCAAGUUGGUAUAUAUUGUUUAGCACUUGUACCAGCAAAUCAUUUACCUAAAACACCACUUGGUGGAAUUCAUGUAUCAGAAACAAGACAAAGAUUUUUAGAUUGUACACUUCAUCCAACAACAUUAUUAAUGUGUCCACAUAAUUGUGUAUUAAAUUUACCUAAACCAAGAGAACCACAACAAAGUGAAGUUGGUCCAGCAGCUAUGUUUGUUGGUAAUAUUGUACAAGGUGUUAGAAUAGCAGGAGCACAAGGAAGAGAAUUACAACAUUCAUCUGAUGAUAAUAAAUUAUUAAUAGAUAUUUUAAAAGAUCUUGCUACAACAUCACCAGAUCAUAUUUUAUAUACAUUAAUAAAUUCUAAGGGUAUUGAAGUAGAAUCAUUAUCAUGUGGACAAUUGUAUAAAAAAGCUGAAAAAAUUGGUCUUUUAUUAUUAGAAAAAGGACAUUUAAAUGAAGGAGAUCAUGUUGCAUUAAUUUUUCCACCUGGUAUAGAUUUAAUAACAGCAUUUUAUGGUUGUUUAAUAGCUAAUCUUAUUCCAGUAUGUAUUAGACCACCACAUCAAAGUAAUCUUCAAUCAACUUUACCAACAGUAAGAUUAAUGGUUGAUAUAUCAAAAAGUGUAGCAAUAUUAACAUCAUCAAAUAUAGGAAAAUUAUUAAAAAGUAAAGAAGCAGCUCAUAGAAUUGAUACAAAAGCAUGGCCAAAUAUUUUUGAUAUUGAAGAUUCAUCAUCAUUUACCAAAAAAAAGAAUAUAUUCAGUACUGGUAAAAGAGGACCUAAUGAUAUUUGUUAUCUUGAUUUUAAUGUUUCAACAACUGGACAAUUAGCUGGUAUUAUUAUAAAUAAUUCAUCAGUUAUAAUGAAAUGUAAAUCAUUAAAAGUUGCCUGUGAAUUAUAUAAAUCAAGACAUGUUGCCUUAUCUUUAGAUCCAUAUUGUGGUUUAGGUUUUGAAUUAUUUGUUUUAAGUUCUGUUUAUUCUGGUUAUCAUUCUAUUAUAAUACCACCACAAGAAGUUGAAAUUAAUCCAUCAUUAUUUUUAUCUGUUGUCUCUCAACAUAAAGUACGUGAUGUUUUUUGUUCAUAUGGUGUUAUGGAACUUUGUGUUAAAGAAUUAGCACCACAAAUAGAUUCAUUAAAAGAAAAAGGAAUAUAUUUAAGUUGUGUUAGGACAUGUGUUGCUGUUGCAGAGGAAAGACCAAGAGUUGCAUUAUGUACAGCAUUUGCCAAAUUAUUUGCUCCACUUGGUUUACAAAGUAGAGCAAUUUCAACAUCUUUUGGUUGUCGGGUUAAUACAGGUAUAUGUAUGCAAGGAUCAUCUUCACCAGAUCCAGCUACUGUUUAUGUUGAUGCUAGAGCUUUAAGAAAUGAUAGAGUUUCCCUUGUUGAAAAAGGAUCUCCACAUAGUGUACCAUUAAUGGAAAGUGGUAAAUUAUUACCAGGUGUUAAAGUAGUUAUUGCUAAUCCAGAAACAAAAGGUCAAUGUGCUGAUAGUCAUUUAGGUGAAAUAUGGGUUUCUUCACCAUUUAAUGCAAAUGGGUAUUUUUCAAUAUUUGGUGAAGAAGCAACAUUACAUACAGAUCAUUUUAAUGCUAAAUUAAAGACCGGUGAUACAAAAACUGUCUUUGCAAGGACAGGAUAUUUGGGUUUCUUAAAACAAACAAGUUCAAUAACUGCAAAUGGUGAAUUACAUGAUGCAGUUUUUGUUGUUGGUUCAUUAGACGAAACAAUGAUAUUAAGAGGAAUGAGAUAUCAUCCAGUUGAUAUAGAAGUAACAGUAGUUAAAACACAUCGCAAGAUAAUUGAAAGUGCUGCUUUUAAAUGGACAAAUCGUUUAGUGAUAGUUGCAGAAGUGGAAGGUGAUGAAGCAGAAGCAUUAGAUCUAGUACCAGCCAUUACUUCCUCAAUUCUCGAGGAACAUCAUUUAAUAGUUGGGGUUGUUGUACUUAUUGAUCCGGGUAUGAUUCCAAUAAAUACAAGAGGAGAAAAACAAAGAAUGCAUUUAAGAGAUUCUUUCUUAAGAGAAGAAUUAGAUCCUAUAUAUAUUGCUUAUAAUAUGUAA